AUGGCUUUAAUCAAACUUAGUCAACUUGUAUCAUUGACUAUAUGUUUUACUUGUAUAUUCCCCGACUACCUUAAACCUCUUUUCCAAACUCUUAUGCCUUUGAAAUUAGCCUCUCCCGAAAUCUCCCAUGAGCCCGAGAAUCAUUUUCCGUACAGUCCUAUUGCUAAUCUUGCGAUGUUGUCUUCG